GCGUGCGGGAGGGCACGGACUGCAGGUGGGGACUGUGAAGACCAGGGGCACGUAUCCCACCGGGUCGGGCUGACCCAGGACGGUGUAGAUUUUCUUGGGCUCGAGAGUCCCAGAAAGAACCCAGACAAGCAGAAGCGCUCCGCUGGCUUUGGGACGUCAAGAGCUUCUUUAGAACUGGGACUGUCUCCAAGCUUUCGUGCUCCCCAAGCGGAGGGGCUCUAGGUCCGCUGGUCUUGUGAAACGCAGCUGUCCCUGGGCCUCCCUAGGAAGACUUCAUCUUGCGGUGGCCGUGAUACUGUGGGCAGGAUGCCAGCAGGGCUCUGGCAGAGUGCACUGGUAGCCAGGAGCCUGCAGGCUCCUACAGGGCAUCUCCAGGUGGACAGAAACCAGGUCUCUGGAGGGCUGACUAGGCUUCUUCAUCUCCGGUUUCUUUCCUCUUCCGGUCCUCAGCUCUGCCACACUUAGGCAUCCUACACCCAUCAGGAAGCUGCUGUCCAGCCAUGGAGGGAGAGGAGAAGCCAGCUCAAGAGGCUGACGUGGAACCCAUGGUAACAUCAGGGGCCUCAGAAGCAGUGCCAAGGGUGCUUUCUGGAGACCCUCAGAACAUCUCUGAUGUAGAUGCCUUCAACUUGCUCCUGGAGAUGAAACUGAAACGACGGCGUGAGCGUCCCAACCUUCCACGUACUGUGACCCAGCUAGUGGCCGAGGAUGGCAGCAGGGUGUAUGUGGUGGGCACUGCUCACUUCAGUGAUGACAGCAAGAGGGAUGUAGUGAAGACUAUCCGGGAGGUGCAGCCUGAUGUAGUGGUUGUGGAACUCUGUCAGUACCGUGUUUCCAUGCUGAAGAUGGAUGAGAGAACUCUGCUGCGGGAGGCCAAGGAGGUCAGCCUGGAGAAGCUGCAACAGGCUGUCAAGCAGAAUGGGCUCAUGUCUGGACUCAUGCAGAUGUUGCUACUGAAGGUGUCUGCUCACAUCACUGAGCAGCUAGGCAUGGCCCCUGGUGGCGAGUUCAGGGAGGCCUUCAAGGAGGCCAGCAAGGUACCAUUCUGCAAAUUCCACUUGGGUGACCGACCAAUCCCAGUCACCUUUAAGAGGGCCAUUGCUGCACUCUCCUUCUGGCAGAAAGUCAAGCUGGCCUGGGGCCUAUGCUUCCUGUCAGACCCAAUCAGCAAAGACGACGUGGAGCGCUGCAAGCAGAAGGACCUGCUGGAGCAGAUGAUGGCAGAGAUGAUUGGGGAGUUCCCUGACCUGCAUCGAACCAUUGUCUCAGAGCGCGACGUCUACCUGACCUACAUGCUGCGGCAGGCCGCACAGCGCCUCGAGCUUCCCCGCGCCUCUGAUGCUGAGCCCAGGAAGCGUGUCCCAUCUGUGGUCGUGGGCGUCGUUGGCAUGGGUCAUGUGCCCGGCAUUGAGAAGAACUGGAGUACUGACCUCAACAUCCAGGAGAUCAUGACAGUUCCCCCGCCAUCCAUCACAGGCAGAGUGUCCCGGGCAGCUGUGAAGGCUGCUUUCUUUGGUCUGCUGGGCUACAGCCUGUACUGGAUGGGCCGUCGAACCGUGAACCUGGUCCUAUCACUGCCUGCUGCGCAGUUCUGCCUCCAGAGGGUGAGCGAGGCCCGGCCAGGUCGGUAGGAGGACUGUGCACGGAAGAGACCGCACCCGGAGUUCUACUCCUCUACAUGGUGUCUGGUGCUCCCGAGGAGCUGGCACCGCCUGUCUGGGGAUGUCCCUGGGUACAGAUUCGUCCAAGCCACCCCCUAUGGGGGCCUAGGCCAGGAUUUCCUGCCUUCCCCAUGCCCAGCCCACCCAAAUAAAGAAUAUUUAACUGUCUGAGCCCAGGCUUCCCAGCAGCCCCACACACACACUGUAGGGCCGGCCACCUAUGGGCAUCAGGGCCAUCCACAGUGUCAGGACCCAGAGGCCUAGUUCCAAAAGGACCGGAAGCUGAGGGGGAGGCACUGAGGCACCCACCCUCGGCCCAGGUGGGUCUGGCAGGUUGUGGCUCUACGUACCUCACUGUGCCUUGUGCUCUGGCUGACAGGAGCAGGUGGCCCUGAGUGCAUCUCAUUGUGGGUUUGGGGAGCUGGGUGCCCAUGCACCUCCUCCCUGGGUGUGUAGGGCCUUUGCCUGACCUGGACAUGCAUGUGGCAUUGCCGGCCGCAUCUCUGCCUGCAGAGAGUCUGUGCUUUGGUUUUGUGGGGUUUUGUUUUCUGUUUUUGUUUUUGUUUUUAAUGUCAAAAAGUUUUUUACUCAGGUAAUUUUGAUGUCAAAGAGAAAACAAACUGAAGCAAAUAUCAGGAAAUACAAGCCUUAAAUCCA